ACAACACAUAAAAAGGAGAAUGAGCCAACAGCAACAUCCGCAGGAGCUGUUGGAAGACGAACAAUCACAGAGGAGCUGGCAACCGUUGGCCGUUCAACAGCAGCAGGCGGGCAGUUGCGGUAGUCUGACGGCCAUCGGACUUCAUCAGAACACGCCUAAUCGCCAUCAGCCUGUUAAAUCUAGCCAACGUCUUCUGGGUCAGCAGGAGUUUGUUUCGACAUCAUCGUGCAGGACGGGUGGAGUGGGCAACAGCAACGCACCUGGCCCCGCCGAAUGCUGGACACCGUUGAACGACACGGCUUCCAACAGCUCCUCUUCUUCCGGCUGGAGGCAUUUAGCUUCCAGUCCGCCGAGGAGGUCUCAACAACAACAACAACAACAUCAUCAAGAAGCUGUGACGAACAGUAUGUCUAGCAGACGACUCAGUCCGCACUGCUGGUCCAGCGAGAAUCUGUUGAACAAAGACCUUCAUCCGGCCAAUCGUUGGACGUCGUCAUCAGAUCCACUUUCAUCGCAUUAUGUCCAUCAUCCGUCGUCUGGCGGAUCGACGGGCGUCGAGUCGGACAGGGAGCCUUUCAUUCCGCCUCCACCUUUGCUGGAUUUUGAAACGGCCAAUUUGCUGCCUCCGUUGGGCAUUGACGUCAGCUCGCCGUCGGAUGAUCACCAUUUCAUGUCCGUUCCGCUAAGCGAUUCAAACGCCGAUCCGAUUGUCCAGCACGCCACGCACGCCGAAGGAAGCGGAAGGGGAAGCGGCGGUGGCGAGGCCGGAGUCAAUUGGGUUCAAAUACCUCCGCAAUACGCCACGCUGCGGGGCCGUCCAUCGCGCAAUGGAAAUGGAAGCGCAGUCGAUGGCUAUUCGUUGACGGCCGUCCGCAAGACGAGAGCUAAUAAUAAUUCACAUCACACACCUUCGUCGUCCUCCGCUUGGAUGGAUGUGGAUCACGAUUCGUCCGUCUCGAGUAACAGCGGCGGAGCGUGUCAUCGGACGUCCAUCGGGUCGGACGGCAUCAGCCGCAAGUGCACGUGCGGGCAGAAAAUGAGGCUGCAACAAGGGCAGAACAGUGCGGCCCUUUAUCCGGAAAUGUCGUCUGCUAUGGGUGGCGGACACAUCCGCUCUGAGGACGGACUGGCCGGCAUAGCGACGUUGAGGAGGCCAGUCAAACGCAAAGUGAGGAAUUCAUUGCCCGGCAGUGGUCCGUUGCCAACGGCUAAUGUCAAUAAUGGCAACGCUGCAACACCAUCGGCCGCCAGCCUCCUCCAACAACCCAAACUGGAGACGUCCGUCUUGCUGGACAAGUUACUGAGAGCCGGAGCUUUGAGACCGGAAGAUUACCUCGUUCUGUCCAGGAUGGAACGAAUGAUUAUGGCCAAUCACGCAGCUGGAGGGAAUAGCCUCAGCCAAUCGGGUGCUCGCGUCCGUCAGCCCAAGUCCAGCAGCACCGAUCGACAACAGAAUGCCCUACAACAACAACAACAACAACAACAGAUUGUUUCUCCAGCCGAAAGUGGGACGGACAUGCGUCGGGAAUUCGAUUUCGGAUCGAAACAACUCAAUUCAAUCGGUUUGCCCGUCUCCAACCAGCCGCAAGUGGCUUCCAAUGAGAACCUGUACGAUUCGGCCUCGGGUCCGUCAUCAAUGGCCCAGCAACAAUAUCAGCGUCGAUUGUCCGCAGGUAAUAACGGACUGGAUGUCACAGCAGGACAGUUGCGGAUGCAACAACAGUUGCCCAGCAACCGGCCUUCCCCCAGUCCGUCGUCACCGUUCGAUUAUUACAAUAGCAGUUUGGCCAGCUAUUCGAGUAAUUCAGUUACAGGGAGAGGCUCGUCGCUGGGCAGCGCCAACGCAGACCAUUCGUUAGCGCAGCCACAGCAACAGCUACCUAGCCGGAACAGUGGCGUAUCGGCCAAUGCGGACGGACUGUAUUCGAUGGCUCAAAGUGCUGGACCGUAUCAGCCUCUGGCAAGUUUGCCCACAUCCGGCCGAUGUUGCCCGUGUUGCGGCUCGCCGUCCCAUCCGCAGCUUCAACAUCAUCAUCACCAUCAUCAUCACAUCCAUCACACUUGUUCGCUGUGCGGAGGCGGACCGCAUUUGGCCAGCGGGCCAGCGUCCGUGCCAUCAGCUUCUUCUUCCAACAAUUAUUCCGGCUAUGCUGGAAAUUCAGGUAAGAUGAUGAUCCAGCAACAACAGCCGGCCUCUGCUUCGGCGGGCUACGGAUUCGCAACAUCCACGGCCCGUCAUUUCUCCGCAUCUACCGGAAUCGAGCAGCAAUUCGCUGGAAAUAAUGGCGGAGCUGUUGCUUCAAAGUAUCCAGCCAUUGGUUCAUCAUCUUCGAACAAUAGCGGCACUGCAGGCCUUCAAGCCCAGUCCCAACCGGCCAUGGUAUUGGGAAAAGGGCUUCCGCAACAAAUAGGCGUCCGCACUGAACUUCACAGUCUGCCCAACAAUGAGCCAAUAAGGUUCACAAUGGCUGCUCAGAAUGGUGCCCAACAUCAGCCAAAAAUAUCCCCAGGCCAGGCGUUUCAUCGUUCCGUAUCGACGCCUGCACCAUCAACGACAACAGCAAGGAGUAGUAUACCGCAGCAACAGCAAGUGCAGAUGAAUCCGAUUGUGGAAUCUCAACAGCAAGCUCAUCGAACGGACCCUUUGGCCGUGACUGGCAGCACCAAUCAUAGAGUCGGUCUAAGCCGCUCCUUGUCCCGAACGGAAGCAGUCAAAGAGUAUUUCAAGCAAAGUGCGGCGACAUUCUUCGGCCUGGAUGAAAGCAAAGAAAGCGAACUGAGGCAACGGUGGGAAGACAGGCGGAGAAGGCUGGCCGAACGACGUUGUGGAACUCUUCGUGAAUCAUGCUCUCACGACGAAGGUCUUGAUUCUCGGGAUCUGGUGGACGGCCAUGGCAGAAACGCCGCCAUUCCGAUGGAAAGAGUGGCCGAUUCGCCCGAUGGAUCAUUGCCCGAUGGAUCGCAAAGCACCUUGCUUUUACACCCACGCCUCAAGCGGCGUGAAUCGGUCGCCCGCAUGACCUGGGACGGGUUGGCCUACCUGGCCACGGCCAUCGUUCGGUUAAGACCCAACGGCCCCGAGGAAGAGGAGAUCCGUUCACGUAGUGUUUCACGCGAAGCGUUUGCCGCAGCUUCAACAAAUGCAUCCGCAGCCAGCCGGAACGGUGAGGCAUCUCGAUCGGCCACCGGUGUCCUCAGCAACGCCCAGCCGCUACCUCCGGACGUGACGAUGGACACUGGCGGGACGGCCAAUCUCGGCUGCGUCGACGUCAGUCUGGAGGACGAAGUCUUUUUCGACACUCCGCCACCGGCCUACGAGGACGUUGUCGACGCGGCUCAUAUCGGUCCGCCACCACCGACAGGCCCUACCCAUCGUCGGGAAUCUGAAGCACGACCAUCUCGAUGGAGGCGUGCCAUCCACGCCAACAUGAACGGACCCAGUGGGCCUUCGGUAGUUGAUCGAUUGAUGGACAAUUCGAACCGGAGGCAAUACGGUAUGGGCAUCGUGGGUCGAAUGACGAGACGGUCGCUACGUCAAUCGAUGACGGACAGCAACAAGCACUUGAAACGGCAGCUGGACUCGUUUGAGGAUCACCGUCCCUAUUUCACCUAUUGGACGUGCACCGUCCAGGUGCUCAUCAUGUUCAUCGCUCUCAUCACUUAUGGAUUAGGACCCAUCGGUUUCAAUCUCCAUCGACGCUCCGGAUCGGUUCUCGUGACUAGUUUGUCGUUACAAGAAGUGGACUAUUACGAACCUUCGAAUUUUUACAUAGGACCUAGAGCGGCGGAUCUGAUCCAUCUGGGCGCCAAGUACAGUCCGUGCAUGAAACCGGACACGCGAAUCGGAGCCGAUAUCGAAGCCACUCGAAUACGUGAACGACAGACGGCCUGCUGUAUCCGCAACGACAAUUCGGGUUGCGUCCAGACGUCCAGAGCCGAAUGUUCGUCUCUUCCCUCUGUGCCGCCUUAUCACAACACGGAGCGCGGAAUUGGCACGGAUUUGACUUCGACCUGGAAGAAGUGGAAUGUCGUUCAGUCUGGUCCCGGAGGACGGAUUUCCGGUUCUGUUUGCGGCCAGGAUCCAAAUUUUUGUAUAGAACCAGCGUCAGUGGCGCCUUUCGAAUGGCCGGAUGACAUCACGAAAUGGCCGAAAUGUCGAAAAAAGCUGCCUGGCUUAGGGGGAUCCGGGUCGGAAUCAAAGUCGAACGCCAAUCACGUAUUAAAGACGACCGGUCAGGCUGAUCAUAUGGUCUGUGAAGUCAUCGGACAUCCGUGCUGCAUUGGUAUUCACGGUGAAUGCCGGAUCGCGACGCGCGAAUAUUGCGACUUUGUCAAAGGUUACUUCCAUCAGGAAGCCUCCUUAUGCUCUCAGGUGUCUUGCAUGAACGACGUUUGCGGUAUGCUGCCUUUCCACACGCCCGACUUUGCCGACCAAUUUUACCGACUGUGGACUUCGCUGUUCCUGCACGCCGGCGUCCUUCACUUGGCCGUCUCGGUCACCUUCCAGAUGAUUAUCAUGAGAGACCUGGAGAAGUUGGCCGGGCCGUUGCGCAUCGGCAUUAUCUACAUGGGCUCUGGCGUCGUCGGCAACCUCGCCUCGGCCUUGUUUGUGCCAUACAGAGCCGAGGUGGGUCCGUCCGGAUCGCAUUUCGGUUUACUCGCCUGCCUCUGCGUCGAGGUCCUCCACGCCUGGCCGCUACUUCGCACGCCCUGGCGGGCACUCGGCCGGCUUCUCAUGACGGUCGCCUUCCUCUUCGUCGCCGGACUUUUGCCCUGGGUCGACAACUUCGCUCACAUUUUCGGGUUCAUUUCGGGCGGAUUGCUGUCGUACACUUUCCUGCCGUUCAUCACGGUCGGCGUCUACGACCGCCGGCGCAAGUUGGUCCUCAUUGGCGUCACCCUGACGCUGGCCGCCGUCCUGCUCACCACACUCGUCCUGCUCCUCUACGUGUGGCCCAUCCAGGAUUCGGGCGUCAUCCAAACGCUCGGCUACCUCAACUGCGUGCCCAUCACGCGCGAUUUCUGCGCAGAGCAGAACAUCCAUUUUAGCAAGAGAGAAGUCAACAUUCUCUGAGAAAUGUCGCCCUCCUUUUUACCCUCUGCAAACGGACAAUUGUGUUGAAUGUUUUUAAUUUUUUUUUUUUUUUUUUUUUUUUUUUAACUUUUCUUUAUUUUUUUUUUUUAUGGUCACCGGAAUGGCGAACCAAAAGAUGGAGGAGACCCUCCGCCUCGUCAUGGUUUUUUCUUUUUUUUUGUAUAGGAAAAUACGACGACACAUACACACAGAUACAAAGUCACACAUACACACAGCCAUAUAUGAAAAGAAAGUAAAAAGUAAUGUUCAUCGUAGGUUUUUUUUAUCACUUCCUCUUUUCUUUAUUUUCGUGUUUCGUGAAUUCUCGUGAUUAUGCCGAAUGUCCCUUUUUUUUAACCAUCCACUUUGCGUGCCCUUGGUUUAUUCCUAUACUGUUGUCGUACUUUUUUCUAUUUAUUUACUAGUAUCCUUCUUUGGGGAAAAAACAAGAAAAAUGUUUUCCGUUUCCUGUUUUUCUGAAUUCGAGCUCGUAGGUUUCUUGACAUUCCCUGUUCUUUUAGAGCGCACUGCUGUGAAUUCUUACCCAUAAAAAGUGUGUGUAAUAUUCUUGUGGUCUCCACCUCCCGUUAUAUUUUUCGCUCCCGAAAACACGUUGACACGCAGAUAACACAUUUUUUUUUUUUCAAAAAGGAUUUUUCUUGUUGAACGAACUCAAUGUGGAUGAGGGAUAGAAAAAGAAGAGUGAUCUUUGUUUUUGUUUUCACUCUUUUUUUUAGCUCUCUAUGUACAAGGCCGCAGCUGAGGGUUUGCGAAUGAGUCAAACUGGUGGAAGACAAACACUUGACCUAGUGUACACUCACUCAGACUUUGUUUUGUUUUUUUGAAUUUGUAUCGGAUAGAAAUUUUUGUAAGAAAAACAAAAUCCAACAAGAAUGAAGCCCAAGAUGAUUGAUCCUCCCGUCAUAACGAACGUGCAGUGGGAGGAGAUUUCGCUGCAUCUUCUCGUGUUUUUUUUUUUUCUUUUUUUUUUUUUGCAAUCUUGUGGGUGUAGAUGUGUCUGUGUUUGUUUCUUUGUUUACGUGCAUUAUUCUGGGCCCUCCAACAAUCCCAAGAUCCAGCUGUGUCACUAUCCUGCUCGGCUACUUAUCUCUCUCUUCUCAAUAAAAAUCCUUGGCUGAUUGUAUACACACUGUUAUACUCUCGUUAACCUACCCCCCCCCCCCCUACCCGCCAUACAAAAAGAACAAGAAAAAAAGAAUUGUUUUUGCUCUGUUCAAUCUCUUUCUCUCUGUUCCUCCGUUUCUUUCUCUAUAUCUCUGUGUGUGCUGAAAUAUUGUCUUGAUUUGAUUAUUCUACAAUGAACAUUUUGGUUUCCAUUUCAAUCGAAAGGAAAACUAAAACAU